AAGAUAAUGGCUAGUGCUGAUGAGAUUCAGAAACAGAUCGAGGAACUGCAAAACAAACUCGAUUCAUUGAAGAAAAAUGCAAGACAAAAAAUUGACAAGAUGAGCAGUGAAGUUAAGGAUAGCAAUCCAUAUUCGCGUUUGAUGGCACUUCAACGAAUGGGAAUUGUCAAAGAAUAUGAGAGAAUUAGAACGAAAUCAGUUGCUGUAGUUGGUGUCGGUGGAGUUGGAUCUGUUACAGCUGAUAUGCUUACAAGAUGUGGAAUUGGAAAAUUGAUAUUAUUUGAUUACGAUAAGGUAGAAUUGGCAAAUAUGAACAGGCUGUUCUUUACGCCUGAUCAAGCUGGUCUUUCAAAAGUCGAUGCUGCUGCCAAAACAUUGAAUUUUAUAAAUCCAGACGUAACUAUUCUCACAAAUAAUUACAACAUUACGACAGUAGACUCAUUCACUAAGUUCCUUGAUGCAAUUAAAACCGGUGGAAUCGAUGGACAGCCAGUUGAUCUUGUUUUGAGUUGUGUAGAUAAUUUUGAGGCGCGAAUGGCAAUUAAUGCAGGAUGUAAUGAACUUAAUCUCAACUGGUUUGAAUCUGGAGUCUCUGAGAAUGCUGUAUCUGGUCACAUUCAAUUUAUUAAGCCUGGUGAGCUUGCUUGUUUCGGAUGUGCGCCUCCACUUGUUGUUGCUGAGAAUAUAGACGAGAAAACAUUAAAACGUGAAGGUGUUUGUGCUGCUAGUCUUCCUACAACUAUGGGAAUUGUUGCUGGCAUGCUUGUUCAAAAUACUCUCAAAUAUCUCCUUAAUUUUGGAAAUGUCUCUAAUUAUCUUGGAUAUAAUGCAUUAAUCGAUUUCUUCCCUCGAAUGGAUCUUCGUCCAAAUCCACAAUGUGAUGAUUCUUGGUGUCGUCAGCGACAAGUUGAAUAUCAAGCAAAACCAAAAGAAGAGAAGGAAACUGAGGUUGAGGAAGUACAGGAAGUCGUGCAUGAAAAUAAUGAUUGGGGAAUUGAAUUGAUUAGCGAAGAUAAUAAUGAAGAAAUUAAGCCGAAUGCACCGAUGGCAUCAAGUGGAUUAAAACAUGCUUUUGAAGCACCAGUAGCUUCACAGCAGUCUAAUACAAUAGCACCAACUGUUUCUGAUGAUGUCAGCCUUGAAGAACUUAUGGAGCAAAUGAAGUCGAUGUAAAAACUGAAUUGUAAGUUGAAAUGAGUUACAACUAAUUCAUAAAGAGCCUCAAAAAUUACAAUUCCCAACUGAUAAGAUCAAACACUAUGCUUAAUAUAACGCAGACAUUUAAUCAAAAUAAUUCCAAUUUUUAUUCCUUAAUAAAGUUAUAAGCAACAGCUGAAUUCAAUUUUAAUUCUUCUCAA